GAAAUGAACCCGCUGACAAUUCACCAUAGAAGGCAAGCUAUAUUGUAGGUUUAGAUUUCCAAGAUGGUGAAAUUUGGGUUGCAAUUUAAAGCAACAUUGGAGAAUAUCACAAACUUGCAACCAGUUGGAGACGACUUCCGCUGGUUUUUGAAGCUUAAAUGUGGAAACUGUGGGGAGAUCCCAGACAAAUGGCAAUAUGUUAACCUAAUGGACAGUGUGCCUCUGAAAGGGGGGAGGGGAAGUGCCAGUAUGGUGCAGAAAUGUAAACUGUGCUCCAGAGAGAACUCCAUUGAUAUACUAAAGGAUACCAUCACUCCAUAUAAUGCAGAAGACAGCGACAGAUUUAAGACCAUGGUGCAGUUUGAGUGUCGAGGUCUGGAACCAGUUUCAUUCCAACCCCAGGCUGGCUUUGUUGCACAAGGAGCAGACUCGAAGACUGUAUUCCCUGAAAUUAACCUACUGGAAGGGGACUGGACCGACUAUGAUGAGAAAAUCAAAGAAUCUGUUGGCAUCUAUGAAGUUACUCAUAAGUUCAUCAAGUGCUGAGCACUGUAUUUACACAGACAUUCUCUCCUGAGUUGCCAGACGCCGAAGAUACUUAAGGAUUGGCUUUGAAUUUCUCAAAUUCAAAAUGGCAGCCUACAAAAUUCACAAUGUCCCAUCCCUCUUGUCAUACAUGGGAAGGAAAGGAACGGAAUGGAACUGAACUGAGUGGCUGUGGGGUGUAACUCCGCUUCUGUCAAUAAAGCUUCAGAGGGAAAUA